CUGCAGAAAAAUGAUUGACUUCCUUCUUCAAACCUGCUGGAAGGUGAGCAGUCUGGAACAAGCACAAGAAUGUCAUAUUCAAUUGCAGAGGCUCCAAAAUUGUGUUUGAAAUGUGCAUUUGGACACUAGUAGGAUGGUGUCUUCAGGCCUGAAAAGAGGUUUAUAUAUAGAUUACUAGCUAAAAUCAACCCGAAGAGUCUUAUCACUCCAUGUGUGGCCAGCCACUGCUGCCAUGUUGUUGUAUCUAAUAUAACUGUUCUCUAGUGGCUUUAAAGUGCACCACUGGCAGCCCAGGUAUGUUGGUGGUUUGAGUUUGCAUCUAACGCUAUUUUGGGUGCCAUCUCACACUGAUUUGGGCUUGCGUCUAACACUAUUGUCCUCCUGUGUGUUUUGCCUGCUUCCAUGAUGUCUGGCAUCUAGUACAUGGCUCUGUGAGUGUUGCAGCGUUGGCUUGCACUCUCUGCUCUGAAUAUCUCGAAUAUUUGAAUAUCUUAAUGCAACUGUUGCAGGCAGAUAUUGAGCGGAGCCCCCUAGAACUGAGGCAUUGUUAGAAAAAGCAGUAGUUUUUGCUAGUGGCUCCUCAUUAUAACCAUAAGGGGUUUUUUUUGUUGUUGUUUUUCCAGCUUUUCAUGUCUCACAUGCUGUUUAUUGUCCAGCUUGUAGGAAAAACAAAAAACGAGUGUUCACCCACAGCUUCACUAGGUACGCAGUCUGAGUAAUCAGCACUGCCCCACCUACGCACUAGAGAGAAGUGAAGGACUCGUGGGAUAACCUGCAGAUUGCCAACGCAGUAGAUCUCUGCUAACCAAAGCAUUUUGGUAUCCUCGCAUAAGUGGCUCCAGUAGCAGAAUUGAGGGGUAGUAGCCUUAGGAGGUAAGAUCUUUCCUCAGCUCAGCUGGAGAUGAAAGAAGGUGUCUGCCUACAGCUACUGUUCUACUGUGAGUGAUUAAACUGGAUCAUGGUAGGUGUUAGCGGAUGAAUCAAAUUAAGGUCAUCUUGACAACUGUUAUUCUCAGCCUGCCACAACGUUUGAGAGUGGCUACCAGUUUACAAAGACUUCUAAGAAAAUAUAUCAAGAUCUCUUUGUUAAGAUCCUUAGUUUAAAACAACAACAAAAAAAGUUUAAUGGAAAGCUCUAUGACUUGGGCUAAGCUGCUGGAGAGCAAACAACGUGCUUAAAUCCUAGUGACCUGUGUACAAGUUAUGUUAUUUCAUAGACAGCGUGAUGAAGGACAGAUGUUUGGGAGGCCCUUUCUAAGGAACAGUAGGAUGAAAUGAUGGUGCCUGUCUGUGCCAUUAGAGAUCAGAUUCCAUUUCAUGCAUGUCCAAGUUGAGAAAUUUUGUUCUUAGUGAGGACUUGAUGAAUCCAGAAUUACUAUCACAAAUCAGUUGAGAAAAUAAAUUUAAAAUGUGUGGUCUUCUACUGUCUCUUCUCCCAGGAGCCUCACAAUAAAGGACAUCUGUGGGAAGAGAUGGUGGGUCUAUUUUGGCAUAUUCCAGCUGGAGGGAGAGCUCUAGUCAAGCAAUAUGAUCACAGAGGCCUUGUUAAAGGAAAGAGAUAAACAAGCAAAAUGGAAUGGGAUUCCCUUACUAUUGCAAAAGUUGUAUGAGCAAAGCCACCCAAACAGUGACUUCUCCCAGUGCCAAAGCAUCCUUAAGGAAAUUUCUCCACUUCUUUCAAUGGAAGCCAUGGCAUUUGUCACAGAAGAUAGAAAAGCUGCUCAAGAAUCCACUUUCCCAAACACGUACACGUUUGACUUAUUUGGAGGAGUUGAUCUUUUAGUGGAAAUUCUCAUGAGACCAACUCUUAUUACACAGAAAAAGAAACAGAAAAUAAGUGAUGACCUCAUCAAAGACUGUUUAAGCAUACUGUACAACACGUGCAUAUGUACGGAAGGAGUCACAAGGCGAUUGGCAGAAAGAAAUGACUUUGUGUUGUUCCUCUUUACACUGAUGACAAACAAAAAGACAUUCCUACAAACUGCAACACUCAUUGAAGAUAUCCUGGGAGUUAAAAAGGAAAUGAUACAACUGGAUGAUAUUCCCAAUCUUUCAAGCCUUGUGUCCAGUUUUGAUCAGCAGCAACUUGCGAACUUCUGCAGGAUCCUUGCUGUCACAAUUUCCGAACUUGACACAGGAAGUGAUGACAAGCACACCCUUCUUGCCAAAAAUGCACAGCAGAAAAAAAACUUGGGUCCUUCUCGUGCUGAAAUUAAUCAAGCUACACUUUUGAGUAUUCCGGGCUUCAUUGAGCGAUUAUGCAAACUGGCAACACGAAAGGUGUCUGAAACAACGGGUACUUCCAGCUUCCUUCAGGAGUUAGAAGAAUGGUACACCUGGCUGGACAACGCCCUUGUACUUGAUGCACUGAUGAGAGUGGCAAACGAAGAGGCAGAGCAGAGCAGCACAGAGUCUUCAGAUGAAAGUGGAUUGGCCAACACCUCAACACGAACGCAGCUUCCGCAGUCCAUGAAGAUCAUGCAUGAGAUUAUGUAUAAGCUGGAAGUGUUGUAUGUUCUCUGUGUAUUACUCAUGGGGAGACAAAGAAAUCAGGUUCAUAAAAUGAUAGCAGAGUUCAAGCUGAUUCCUGGCCUCAAUAAUUUGUUUGACAAACUGAUCUGGAGGAAGCAUUCAGCAUCAGCCCUUGUUCUGCAUGGGCACAAUCAAAAUUGUGACUGUAGCCCAGACAUUACUUUAAAGAUACAGUUCCUGAGGCUUCUUCAAAGCUUUAGUGAUCAUCAUGAGAACAAGUAUCUGCUUUUAAACAGCCAAGAACUUAAUGAACUGAGUGCAAUCUCCCAUAAAGCCAACAUCCCUGAAGUUGACGCUGUUGUUAACACGGACAGGAGUCUUGUCUGUGAUGGGAAAAGAGGUUUGCUAACCAGACUGCUUCAGGUCAUGAAGAAGGAACCAGCUGAAUCCUCCUUCAGGUUUUGGCAAGCAAGGGCAGUUGAAAGUUUUCUGCGAGGCACCACCUCCUAUGCAGACCAGAUGUUCCUGCUCAAGAGAGGACUCCUGGAGCAUAUUCUCUACUGCAUUGUUGACAGUGAGUGCAAAUCGCGGGAUGUGCUGCAGAGUUACUUUGACCUUCUGGGAGAACUGAUGAAAUUCAAUAUUGAUGCAUUCAAGAGGUUCAACAAGUACAUCAACACAGAUGAGAAGUUCCAGACAUUUUUGAAUCAGAUCAACAGUUCAUUGGUUGACUCAAACAUGUUGGUUCGCUGCAUUACGUUGUCCCUGGACCGAUUUGAGAAUCAGUCUGAUGCUAAAGUUGCAGAAGUCCUGUCAGAGUGCCGCCUGCUAUCGUAUAUGUCCCAGAUGUCCAUGAGAAUGUCCUUUCUUUUCCGUCUCAUUAAUAUUAUUCAUGUACAGACACUUACACAGGAAAAUGUCAGUUGUUUGAACACAAGUUUAGUUAUCUUAAUGCUGGCCAGAAGGAAAGAAAAGCUACCUUUUUAUCUGCGCACUUUGCAACAGAUGGAAUACACAGAAAAAUACCCAGGCUUCAUCCUGAACAACUUCCACAGUCUCCUGCGAUUCUGGCAACAGCAUUACCUCAACAAGGACAAAGACAGCACCUGCUUAGAAAAUAGCUCAUGUAUUAGUUUUACCUACUGGAAAGAGACUGUAUCUAUACUGCUCAGUCCGGACCGGACAUCCCCCUGUGCCAUAGUUAGCUACAUCGAUGAGGCAUAUAUGGACAUUGACAGAGACUUUUCUGAGGAGUAAUUCUUCACUCUGGUUUCUGAUGGACAGCGCUUGGAGGGUACCUCGCAGACCGUGGAUUUUCAGGGAUACGCUGUGUAGUGUGUGUGUGCGUGUGCGGCUUGGAACCAUGGAGCGUUACUGCAUUGUUAAAACCCCGGCCCCCUUCCCAGUCCCCAUCUCUGAUCUCUAACAGAGGAGACUUUUGACAGCUCUCUGGGCAACACAUUCAGGGAUGUAUCUUCCAUUUGUUCUGGGAUAAAAAUAAGCACCUGCAAAAAAACCAGCCUUUUUUUUUUUUUUCCUCCUCUUCCAGUCAAAUGUAGCUGGUUGGAGUCCUUUUUGAUGACAGAUGAGAAUAUCCUGUAUGUGCCAGUUUGGUUGCGGUUCUUUUUCCUGGCUACCAGAAUUAGCAAAUCAAAAAGCACAGAAAUUGCCCUCCAAAUGUGAGGUCCAAGGAGCCAAUCUGACUGGGACCCCAACACACCAGCCACACGCAGAGCCACCAAGAGGACUCCCUUCAGGUUUAACUCUUCUGUUGGGGUUUGGAAUCAGGGGUUUAGGGUUGGUUAGAGUGAGUGUGUGUGCGUGUGCUUUUAAUUCCUGAGAGCCCUAGCUCCAGUCACCUCUUUACCAUCUACUUUUGGAUCAUUUGGUACUAAAUCUGUUGGGCCUUUGUCUGUUCGUGUGUUAGGAGAGCACCUCUGCUCCUGCUGUCUUUCCUGCAGAUCCUUCCUGUCUGAAGGUGUUUUUACAAUGCUGCGGAGAACAGAGACGUUUCAGCAGUGGUGGAAUUGCAACAGGGGUUGGCUUUUUCAUGGAGCACUAGCAUUAAAAUGUACUAAUUUUUUUAAAACUUGCGGCUUGUCCCUUCUUGGGUAACUAAUCUGAUUUUAAAAUCCUUUUCAGGACCAUUGCUCUUGAUGCUAACCUGCUAUGCCUGGAAGUCUUAUAUCCGUCUCUGCUUUCAGUUCUUAGUAUCAACACACACACAUUAAUCUUGAAGUGCAAUAUUUAUUGGAGAUGUCAGUUUUUCCUCGAUUUGUUUUAAUCGGAAUGUGUUAAAUGCUGGGAAUAAACACUCCUAGUUGAAAGUAACUUUGUAGGAUGUGUUGGGGAAGCGGGGAGCAGGUUUGGGCAGAGUCCCAAUUGCCAAACCUGAACAUGCCCUGCCUACUCACCAGUGUUAAUUAUGUUACUCCGAGACAGUCACAUUCCCAGGAAUGAAAUAGUCUGAAGUCCUGAGCCACUGCAUUUAAGUCAAAUCGUAUGCAUCUAGCAGCUCCAGCUAAAAGAAGCCGUUUUCCUUUCAGACAUGCAUCUGAAUUACACGUUUUUUAACUUAGUUGAUGAGACAAUUUGCACAUCUCUCCAGGAGCUGGAGGCAGGGAAGGGUGGUGCGGGUAUCCCUGAGCUGUAGCAUUUUGUCCCUAAUCUUUGCCAGCAGAGUGAAAGCCAUUCUGAGGAUCUCUGUGCUGGGGCCUGGCUUCCAGCCCCUAGCGCAGGAUUUGCUCUCUAAAAGUCACCCUUCUUCUCUAGCUUUUCUUUUACUUCUGUGUCCUGCUGCAGACUUACAGUCAGUACUUUGCUUGCAGGGUGGUCAGAGAUGCUGAGCUUGUACAUAAACCUGGAAUCUUGCAGGAACUCCUGGGGAACCUCCCUGGAGGGCUGAAUUCCUCCGGUAGCCUUUGGCCAGCUCCAGUGAUGUUACUCUGGUCUCAGUCCUUGUGUCGGGGAACUCUUUGCUAUGGCAGCUGCAACUCUCUGUUCUUCACCAGGUCACCCCCCAGCCUGCCCCCCCCUCCCCCCAGCUAAUUUCUUUCUCAUCUGUACUUUUUUUGUUCUUGGGUAUUUGUGUUUUUGGUGUAUCUUUGCUUCUUCUUAACUGUAAUAGAUGUACACUUAAAAUAAAUGCUUCAAAUUAAAAGGCUUUUAAGU